AUGUUCUCUGACAGCAGGACUCCAGCGCCGGGGGAGCAGAAAGGCUUCAAGCCGCACGCCCCUCACUUCAUCCCCUGGCUGCGCAAUAGUCUGAAGCCCCACCACAGCAGUGACCUGGGGCUCAAUGGACCGUACAAAUCCAGCUCAGAGGCCCGCAACAACCUGACCCCGCUGGAGAAAGCCAAAGGGAUCGGCUUCUUCUCCAUCCAGGGAAAGGAGCGGGCAAAGAAGGGGGAGGUUCGGUGUAAUGGCGUGGGGAUGGCGAGGAUGCUGCCAGUGGUGCUGCGGGGGCAUCACAUCCUGCCAGGGAGUCUGGGGAAGCAGAGGGAGGACAGUCCUGCCAGGUGGAACCAGUCUCCAGAGCUGGAGCCACUCCCCAAAGCACAGAGCAGUCCCGGGGACGGCCCGCAGGGUCUGAGCAGCAGCUCCACAUCUGCACAGGACAACCACACCUUUGUUAGGAACCACAGCAGCCACCAGAGUGACGGGACUAGCACCUCAGUCAGGAAAUACGGGCCGCUAGUGAGACCCCCUCCUGUUUCCGUCCCUGCACUGCUCAUUGAGGAGCCAAACUGUAAGGUGCCUGUUGUGGUGGACCUGGAGGACAGGAGGGGGAAGGUGUGGGACUACGCAAGCAGCACCACCUACCGCAAGAGAGACCUCCAUUCAUCCAGCUGGGUGAGCUCAGACACUAAGGGGCUGAUAGAAAGGCAGCAGGGCUUCACCUCCAGCUUCAGCUACAUCAAACAACAGAGCAGGAACUCCCAGAGCCAGAGAGACCUGAGGGAACCACCUGUGGAGGGUUUCAACGGGCCGCUCAAUGGAGUCAUCUUCUCCACUGAGGUUCCUCCGAGAGGCCUGGGCUGCACCACGACUCUGCGAGGCCCCAGGAAACCCAGACCAAACUCAGAGCAUAUCGCGGCCCCGGGCCAGAACCAGACGUGGGUCCAAUUCAGGCCGACUAAUGCAGGGGAGUCACAGAGGAAAGAAUCAGGCUGCAGCAGGAAAGUGGUUCGAAACCAGAUUAAACGGGUGGUGAACAACCUGGAGCAGGUUCUUACAGCGCUGAGGGAUGUUCACCAGGAAAUGAAAGAGGUGGUGCAGCAGAUUGACUAUCUUACCUCAUCCAUUGAUCUGAAUGCGGAGGAGCAGCAGGGGACUGAAAGAGGCGAUAGCAGCUCCAGUUCUGCUUCCAGCUCCAGCGAAGUGACAAUAGGCAGCAUCCAUCGGAGGCCCUCAGAGCCUGAGGACCAGCCAGGAACCACAGACUCAUCUGGCAGCCUCAGGAGAGGUCAGCACAACAGGAGCCAGUCUCCAACAAAUGUGCUGCUGUGCCCGGUAAACUCUGAUUUUUCAUCAGAGAGGAGUCGAACUCUUCGGUUCAGCUGCAGUCCGGGGUCUUCUGCCAGACAAGGAGGGCCGCUGCAGAACAACAAUAAUCUUCCUUCAUCAAAUCCUUCUCAGAACCUCACCUCCCAUGAUAUUUCUUUGUCUCCCCAAAGAAGCCUCCCAGUCCGGCCUCCCACUCCUGGUCUAUCUCCACUAACAGUAAACCUCCAUCACCCCAACAGCCCUGGUUCUCAGCCUCACUCCCCUGGGCCAUCCUCCUCCAUCAGGGUCAGCCCUGUUUCCCCUCUGUCUCCAAAGCCUCACCCGCCCCCCACUCUCAGCCCGUCUGUCAUCAUUGAGAACAGGCUUGGGUCUUAUCAGACCCCACAAAGCGACCACCCAUCUGCCGGUCUCCUCUCCCCAUCGUCAGCCCAGCCUCCGUCUGCCAGCUGCCCACCCACUGACUCAGAAACUGUGUCCAACACUGACCGAGAGAGGCGAGCAUCCUCAGCGGGACCUGUUCACAGACCUUCACAGGUGUGCUCUGCCCCCGCAGCCACAGCUAAAGCACCAACAGCGCAGGGCCGCAGAGGUCGUAAGCCUCCUCCGUACCCCCACAACGGACCCUUUGAGCACACAAAGAAGGCGAAGGAGCCCCGCAAAGCUCCUCCGUAUCCUGAGAAAAGAAGGCUGCUCUCGACCACAGUGUGAGACAAUGCAGCAGGAGGGGAGGCUGAUCGAACAGAGCCGCAUUCACAGCACCAGCCGCAAGAGUGGAGAGUGAUUUAAGGCUCGCCAAGUUGAGCUGAGACCAAGUUUCCAAGGUGACAGGACGCAAAAGCAACUUGGGGGCACGGAGCCAGAGCAGGAGGAGGAAACAUGUGCUCUCACUAAUGACAGAGUGUCAGGACUGCCCUUGCUGGGGGAAGGAGGCGUGUCAAGGUGUGCUUCACUUCAGCGGCGACCACAUCAGACACGGCAGACCUCCGCUAAGUGACUGAGCUCGGGACGAGUCCAGACAUUAACCUUCCAGCAGACAUUACGUGCACAGAUACGGCAAGUCUGACUUCCAGGGGAAAUAAAGGCUUUUCUGUUUCUUUGACUGCCUGUGUUUGUUGGAGUUUGUCAGAGUUGGUUUGAGCUGCUGGGAUGAAACUCAAACCACCUCUAAAGGACAACGGAUCUAAAAAUGUACAUGGACACAUGGAGCACGUGAUGGGUUUCCAUGGAUACACAAGUAUUAGUUGAAGGGAUGUGCAGUAAAGCAAAAGACAGGUCCAAAGUGCAAGUAAAAGCGUGUAUUAUUAAAUUCUACUCAGGACUGAGUGGUCAGGUACAUUCAGCAAGGCUCUGGCUCUCAGAUGAUGCAAGGUGACAUUUAAUCUUAUGCAGCCAGACUAUUUUUUAUCUGACUGGAGAAAUAAUUAGGAGGGAAAAAAGGUACUGUAAGGUAGGUACUUCAAAGUACUAAAACUGCAAACAGUCAAUGCUUUUCUAAUUGUGGUUUAAUUGAUUAAACGUUUAAACUACAAAUUUAUUAAUUGAACAUGCAAAACAUUCUUUUGUUCCAGCUGAGCAAUCUGAAACUAAUUUGGCGCCAUUUUUUUUUUUUUUUUACAAACAAUUAAUCCAUAAAUUAAGGGAUCACCAGGUUAAAAAUUGCACAGGACAAAAAUUGAAGCACUUUUGCGGAAACUUAACCAAAACUUUUCCAGACUCUCAAAGCCUUUAUCAUUGUAUUUGAAUUAUUAUAAAUGCAAAAAUAAAGUUUACAGAAUUUAUUUAUACACACAGCAAUAAAUGUAUGUUGUCACUUUAUUUUACCAGCUCUUCAGACCAACUUUGUGUGGUUUGAUCAUGAUUAUUUAACGUUGGGUUAGGGUCAAGUUUAAGAUGCCAGGAGAAAAAUACCAAACAAAAUGAGGUGGGUAAUUUAGCUAAUCCUGCUCAUAAAUGAUGAAUUUAAAGGCAUACUAUGCAGAAAUUGUUGCUUAAUGUCUGUAAAUACAACAUUCAUGCUCUUCGACUCAACAAAAAUGAAAGCAAAUCCCAGAUUCACUAGUUUUCGAACUUGCUUUGUCCACUAUGUGUUUUGCAACAUUAUAUUUCCAUUUCUUCAGCGCCCUAUCUGCCAUUUCCAUAACUUUAUGACCAAAGUGUGACACCCAGAAAUGAAUGGUAAAAAGGAAAUACAGCCAGAGAAAGGAAAAUCCUGCAUAUCGUACUUUUAAGACUUCUCUUAACACCAUUUAUGCAGAAAUGUUACAUGCAUUUCACAUAAAUAUGCAUAAAGAUAAUGCAGGAUAGAGGCACCCUAUGGCAAAAUAACAAAUCAUGUCUUUACAUGUGACAAUGAUCUUUUCACAGAAGAUCAAAAGUGUAGGUGUGGACAGCUACCAGCUUUGCGGUAAAGCAAAGUAAAGAAAAACAAACUGCAAGACCAAAAAAAAGAAAAAGUCCAGCCUUAAUCUCCUCCCUGAGCCUGACAAAUGUGUUGCUGUAGUGCUGGUGCAUAGGUGGGUGCUUUAUUAUUUUCAGGCUACGCAAAACUGUUCAUCAACUGUGUUUUGCCUUGAUUUUCUGACAUUUGUGCAGACACUGUAAAUUCUGUGCUCCAAAAUUGUUUUGGGGCAAAAUGGAAUGAAAAGCUUUAAUCUCCACACUGACAGGAUGCAUUAAAAGUGUGCAGUAACAUUGAGGAAAAGGUUUUUACUUCACUUUGUCUCUGUUAGGCUGUAAAGUCCUGGGAGCUUCUAGCUGCCCACCAUAAGCUUGACUCCAACUAAUCACUCAGUGGGGGGAAAGCUGAGGAGCUCAAACUGAGGAGCACCUCCAGCACCUUAACUACACUCUGCAGGAUGUGGUGCAACUUACAAAUUACAACACUGAGAAGAACAAAGAAUGUGCAGAACGUUUAAGAUAAAACACGUAGUUUGUUGUUACUUUGGUAAGAACCUGCAUUGAAAUUGGGGUUUUGAGUCUGAGUCAGAAUAAAGACAAAUGCAAAAGGUCUAUUUCUUCCAUUGUUGUGUUUAAGUUUUAUAGUCUGACUGGGACUGCACAAUGUUAGGAGGAUAUGCAAUAUACUACUAUUGUUGAAUAUCAAGAUAACAAUAUUACUACUGCCUUUCUGUUGCGUUCAUUCUUUUAUUGAACAAAUUUAACAUUAAACUAAACAGAAAUGGCACAAAAAAAAUGUCAGUAACAGUUUAAGAUGCAGUUUUCUGCUGUUAUUCUCAUUAACUAUCUAAAAAAAUCCCUAAGUUCAAUAUUGCAGUCUUUUGAGAUGUGUUUAUUGCACAAGUUGACCUUGCAAGGACGGUUAAAAAAAACAAUAUUUAUGAUGCAGCUCUCAGUUUGACUUGUUUUAUGAUCUGACUGAUUAAGAGCUGCACAACAAACUGACGAUGUCAUGAAUAUCAAGCUGUAACAGACUGAUAUAGAAGCCAUGUUGUAUAUUGUUACCUUAAUUCUCAUAAUACAUGGCUGGAUGACAAUUAUGGAUUUUAUUACAAUAAACUCAGCAGAAGUUCAAUUCAGCCGUUAUCCCUGUUGAGGAUUAGUUGACUGAAAGGCUGCAACUGACAUUUAUUUUAUAUUAUUGAUAAAUCUGCCAAAAUAGUUUGGUCUGUAAAAAACUGGGAGGGAUAUUUUUCACUUUUUUCUGACACUUUAAAGUCUAAAUGUUUUGUUUAUUCGCCAAAACCCAAAUAUAUUCUCUUUAAUAUGAUGUAAAAGAGAAAAAAAAGCAGGAAAUCUCUGUAUUUCAGAGGCUGAAAACAGCAUUUUCUGCCAUUUUCACAUGAAAAAAAUAAGCAAACAAAAUAAUUGAUGUGGUGUUUAUCUUUCAAGCAACCUUUUAAUUAGUCAACUAAUCAUUGCAGCUCUAGUUGACGACAUAAAGAUGAGUUCAAGUAAACAGGACAGUUGCGUUUCUUUUA